AUGAGCUUUGCUUGGAAAGCUGCCGGUAUUAGCUACUUAAAAUAUACUCAAAUAUGUGCCCGUGUAGUCCGCAAUGCCUUGAAAGAAGAACAACGGCUAAUAGCACAAAGGCGGGAUGAACAAGGGCUUAAGUUCGCAAAAUGGGAAUCUGGUAAACAGGGAGAAUUGAAACCCAUCGAUAAUGCUUUGGGCAACGUUUCGGUCUAA